GGCACGGCCUCAGGGGGAAGCCGCCUUAAGACCGAAGUGCCGGCAGGGUCCUCGCAGCAGCUCGGGGACGGAAAGCCGCAGGUGCCGGGCUCUGGCGUCGGCGGGGCCUCGCCGGAGGCUGCGGAACUGAACCUGCAGGGCGCGCUGGGGAAACUCGGAGCGGUUUCCCUAGCCUCCGUCGUCUCCACAUCUUCUAGCGUACAGAUCUUUAAGUGUAUUGGUACAGCCUUACGGUGUAACGCCUUUCUGCACGGGCACGGUUUUAUGUGCGUGAAGAAACAUGAAAGUGACGAUGAUUCCUAUGAAGUGUUGGAUUUAACAGAGUAUGCACGGCGUCACCAUUGGUGGAAUCGUGUGUUUGGCCGGAAUUCAGGACCAAUUGUAGAAAAAUAUUCUGUAGCUACCCAGAUUGUGAUGGGCGGCGUCACUGGCUGGUGUGCGGGAUUUUUGUUCCAGAAAGUCGGAAAGCUUGCAGCAACUGCAGUAGGUGGUGGCUUUCUUCUGCUUCAAAUUGCUAGUCAUAGUGGAUACGUACAAGUUGACUGGAAGAGAGUUGAAAAAGAUGUAAACAAAGCAAAAAAACAGUUAAAAAAGCGUGCAAAUAAGGCAGCACCCGAAAUCAAUACCCUAAUUGAAGAGUCAACAGAAUUUAUCAAACAGAACAUCGUGGUGUCCAGUGGAUUUGUUGGAGGCUUUUUGUUAGGCCUGGCGUCAUAAGGACCUCAACAGUCUCUUCCCGAUGGCAUUCAUGUCAGCAAAGAACAGUUGUGGUGACACGCUGUCUUGAAGCAGCGUGGGUCGCCGAGCCCUCCAAAGCAGGACGAGCGGACUAGCUAGACAAUUUGGAAGCUUUUUACAUUUCAGGCUUUUGCCUCUCGAAGCUUGGCAAAACUAGGAUUUGCUGAAAAACUGUGCAGUGUGCUCAUUAUAGCAUUUCUGGGCAAAACUGGUUCAUCUUCAUCAUGACUCUUUUUAUCUAUGACCUUUCAAGAUCUAGCAUUUUUUAAAAUGUUAUUCUUGGAAUAUAGAUAUGUAACCAUACUGUAAGAAAGCAAGCUCCAUUUCUAUGUUUUCCCUAACAGAUUGUUUAUUUUAAAAGUAUUUUUCUUCAUGCUGUAGUAGAUAGUAUCAAUGACUACGUAAUGUAUAUGAUAUUGUAGUUGCAGCCUCAUGGCUGUCCAUGUUCUUUAGAAGUCACUGCAAUAAUCUCUCCAUCUGUAAUACCUUUUUACAGAGUACUAAAUAACAAAGAAUCAUGAGCUUAUUAAAGGUGAAAAUUAGCUUUGA